AUGUGUAUUGUAUGUGACACCGAUAACGGGUGGCGUCUAGUGAACGAGUAUGAGUACGAGUCUAAGUGUAAAGGAAUGAGAAACACUACGAAGUAUGUAAGAGACAUAAGAGAUCCGGAACACCCUUACUCCCUGGAGCAACUAAGUGCUCUGUCUGAAGACUCCAUCACCCUCAAUGACAAGCUUAAUCGCGUCCUGAUAACGUUUACACCGACGAUACAGCAUUGUAGUAUGUCAACUAUAAUUGGUCUGCGUUUGAGAGCUAAGCUUAAAGAAUGCUUGCCCCUCCACUAUAAGGUUGAUACCAAAGUGUCUCCCGGUUCUCAUGCCGUUGAACAUUCAGGCCACAUGGGCAAUUAUCCAAACCAAAUAAAAUCAAUGAAGCAUCUGCAAUAACAGAGGAAGAUCUGCUUAAGAUACCGCGAGGAGAGCGCACAUUGUAGGGUCUAAGGCUGAACAGACGUGUGGGGGUCCAAUAUUUAGCAGCGUGGUUGACAGGAUCAGGAUAUGUCCCACUCUAUAACCUGAUGGAAGACACGGCUCCAGCUGAGAUAAGACGUGUCCAGAACUGGCAAUGGAUUAGGUAUGAAGUGGAGUUGGACGGAGACGGGCUUGGAGUUAGGGUGAACAAAGAGUUGUUUGGGAGAGUUGUGGAAGAAGAGAUGGAAAGAAUCGAGAAAAAAGUUGGGAAAGACAAGUUUAAGAAAGGAAUGUAUAAGGAAGCUUGCAAGAAGUUUACAAAGCAGUGUACUGCAAGUGAGCUUGAUGAUUUUCUUACACUUGCUGUUUAUGAUCAUAUUGUAGCUCACUACCCAAUCAAUGUGUCAAGGCCCUGAGAGAAGAAAAGAAGAUGCUAGGGAGAGAGAGAGAGAGUUUGAGAUAUGAGUGUUGUGCUUUUGUGUUCUAUCUUUGUUUCUCAUUUGCUUUUUGCGUUUCUAAGUUUCUAUAUGUCGGUAUAUUGGCUGAACUUGAUGUUUUUAUCUCCAAUAUGAAAUAAAU